AUGAUCUCCGCAGUUCCCCCUUCCCGGCCGGUGUCGGUCAAUUUGCCCAGUGCAUCCAUUACAGGCUCAAGCGCAGGGAAAUCCAACGGCAGUGCAGAGAAUCCCUGCUGGGAUAUCUAUGAAAAUUCCACCUCUGGGCCUAUCACCAGUGAGGACCGAUCUCAUCCCCCAGCAAAAAUCCCCACAUCGACUAUCUCAGCCCCGGCCCAGUCGGGAAUCCAAUUUGUGAACCUCCCAGUUGAGAUCCAUGAAAUUAUUCUGGAUCAGAUCUUUGGGAAAAGAGCCUCGGCUGGUAACCGCAUGGCAUAUGGUGAAUCUUCUGCUCAGAACUGGAUCAAGGCUCUCCAUCAUCCACGUCGGAAGGCCCUUUCCAACUUGGCCUUGACUUGCCGAGUGUGGACUGGACUUGUUCAAAGCCGAAUCUACCGCCAUAUCAGGAUUAAAGGCAGCCUAGAUGAAUUGACCAACUGUGCGCGGUGGUUCAAGAAAAACUGGCACUUGAUUCCAUAUGUCUGUCACAUUGAAAUUUGGGUGCCUAUCUGGGGGGAUCGGGCUCUUUGCCCUACCAUUCCUCGCUCGGAUAUGGAGCAAUAUGCCGCUCAAGCAGCUGCAGGGCGUGUUGUACCCAUGCAGUGGAAUCACGAUCAUCAUCGAGGAGCAGACUUUCUCAAUUAUCACCGUGCAACCAACAAUGCUUCCUUGGAAGAUAUUUUCACUCUUGUUCGGCGGUUUUUCUCCGCUGCCCGAGUUCUCACACUGGAGGGAGGCCAUUGCAAGAAUUCACCUAUGAUCCGACAUUUCCGCCAUGAUCACAGCAUGUACAUGUUUAGGCAGGGUCUCAUCCCCCGGCGCCUUCCUGUUCUUGAGCAUAUACAGACAUUUGUGAUGCGAGGUUCCUGGAACCUGAUGCGACAACUUAACGACUGGUACAACAUCCAACGGGCAUUACCAGCGUUGAGUGAAUGGCAUUGUGCUUGGGCUCAACCACAUCUAAAUGCCUGCUUCAUCACGAUACACAUCUUGACCUACCUUCCAGCUGAAAUCCGACACAUCAAUCUCAGCCUGGAGGGAUUUUACAACACCCAUGAUAGUUUGCUAGCUGGGCUUACUGGACCUCGAAACUCGCUUCCCCCAAUCUGUAGUCUGCUUGGCAGUACAGCUCCACGUUUAGAAUCAUUUACCUACACUGGUCGAGUGUGUUGGUACUUUUUUGAGGCAUUGAAACAACACACAACGACAAUGGGUUCCCGUUCUCCGCUUAAGUCAAUGGAUAUUGUAGUCAAGGCAUGCUGUCACCACCAGCAGGCGGACAGAUCGCAUCACUGGUCGCAGAUGAGCCAGGGAAUAGGUGGAAUUACCAGCAUGGGAUUCAUUCGCGCUUUCGAGGCAAUGGUGAUCAAGGCAAUCGAGUGUCUGUCCGUACUCCCUGCCCUGGAGUACUUGCGGAUCCGUUUCAUUGACCUCGAUUCAAGCUGUCCGCCUCUGAACCCAUAUUUCCAACUUCUGAACAACGAGUGCACAGGCUUAUGGAGUGAUGACAUCCUGGAAGCAUUGCACAUGAACCGACCAUCGGCCUCAUUUGUCGAGCUUACAGAUGGAAUAUACGCGGAAUACGAUGACCAACAAAUUGUUGGCGCCUUGAUGCCCCGAGUCCGCCCACUAGGUAUUCAAGCAAGCAUGUACAGCCUCAUUGCUGAUAACUCCAGCCCUUACUAG